AUGGUAGUAGGAGAAAAUUAUCUUGAUAAUUAUCGCGUACUCUAUACAACAGAUCACAGUGUUAAUGUUGUGCUACGACAGCAAUGCGAGAUCAUCCAUGGAGACGGGUCAACAGGAAUAUAUGCAUUUGCAGGCAGUCGAGACACUCUUGAAUCCAUCAUAUUUCCAGAAGGAUCUAUGCUCAAAACUAUUGGAUUCAGUGCAUUCGAAGGUUGCAUAAAACUUUCUUCGAUUAAUUUCACCAACUGUCAAUUUCUAACAUAUAUUGGAGAAAAAGCAUUUACUAACUGUCGUAUACUAACUGAAGUUAUCCUUCCUCCAAGUCUAAGUGAGUUAUCGGGGUUAAUUUUCCAAAGUUGUCCGUUUUCUGCUCUGAGUGUUCCAAAUUCAGUGAAACAUUUCAGAGGAUAUUGUCUUGCCUGGUGUGGACAUCUACAUACUUUAAAUAUCGAACCAGAAUCACAGCUAGUUAGUAUUGAUAGCGUUGCACUUAUCGGUACGGCAUUAACAAAUAUAUUCAUUCCAAAAUAUGUGUCAAGUAUUGCUGAGAAUGCAUUUUCAGGAAACAUAAAUAUCAUUGUUGAUCCAGAUAGUCAAUAUCUUUCAACUUCAGAUGGUAUAUUAUAUAAUAAAGAUAAAUCAGAAUUUAUACUGCGAUUCAAAGAUAACAUGACUUCAUUCACUAUUCCAGAAAAUAUUACAACUAUUCCAUAUAACUUUUUUUGCGGUUCAAGUAUUACAAGUAUAACAUUUAAUUCAAAACUGAGAACUAUUGGCUUAAGAGGAUUUUACGGUUCACAUCUUGUUAAUCUCACAAUUCCAGACACAAUAAAAACUAUUGUUGGUGGAGCAUUUUCAAAUUGCAAAUAUCUAACUAAUGUUAUUAUUGGAAGAGGAAUUAGUUCACUACCUCCUGGAUGUUUUUAUGGUACCAACAUCUCAAAUAUUACUUUACCUGAUAAUAUCAUAUCUCUUAGAGAAGAAGCAUUUGCUAAAUGUCCCAACUUAAAAACAAUAAGGAUUCCAAAAAGUGUUAAAAAUAUUGGUGGAAAUUGCUUCGAUCAAGAUGUCAAUCUUGAAUUCGAAGAAGGUGCACAGUUCUCUUUUGAUUCUCAGAAACUUCUAUACGAUGCUAACAAAACGAAAGUUUUUUCACGUUUCAGUAGCCUUGAAAGUUACGACAUUCCAUCAACAGUAAAAUCAUUUUCCGAAUCAAUAUUUUCGGGACUCGGGAAACUAAAAGCAAUUAACUUUCCAUCAAAUUCAAGUUUACUUAGUGUUGCCUAUGCAUUAUUCGAUGGAUGUAAUAGACUUGAAGAAUUUAUAUGUCCAAAAUCAGUUACUCAUAUCGGUGUAUAUGCAUUCAGAUUUUGUUAUUCUCUGAAAAGAUUUCAAUUUCCUGACAAUCUAAAUAUCGCAGAUAUAGCAUCAUUUCAGGGGUGCACCAGCCUAGUUGAACUUCGUUUUAAGAAUAUUUCAAAAACAUUUCGGUUAUCGUUUGCUGGAGCUACAUCAGUAGAAAGAAUUAUAUUUGAGGGAUCAGCCCCUACAAUGUUAGGGCAAUCUUCUUUUGAAGGUUGCACUAAAUUGAAAACUGUAGAAUUUAAAAACAUAACAUGUAUUGGUCAAUAUUGUUUUUAUGGUUGUACAUCCCUCGAGUCUCUCGUAAUCCCCGAUACAAUAACAACUAUGGAACCUUCUGCAUUUUCGAAAUUGUCAAUUGAGAAUAUUACAUUUUUAGGAGAACCUCCAUUAACAGUAAUUAAACCAAACACAUUCAGCGGAGCAACUAAGCUUAUUAACUUAAUUCUGCCUUCAUCAAUCAAAGAAAUACAAGAUAAAGCCUUUCAAUGGACUAACUUUUCGACUUUCACUGUUCCACACGACACUCAUACGAUAUCAAAUUAUACAUUACAGAACUGCAUCAAUCUUAAAACAUUCAUCAUUGAAGAUGAUUGUUCUCUACAAACAAUUGGUUUUGCUGUAUUUGAAGGUUGUAAAUCUCUGGAAACAAUCAUCUGCAACAACAGCGCAUAUUUCACAGUUGAGAAUCACGCUCUCUUCAACAAGAAUAAGACUGUCCUUGUCGUCUUCCCUCCUGCAUCUUCGUGCAAAUUCUUCUCAAUUCUAACCACCAUCAGAGAGAUUGCAGCAGGUGCAUUCCUUGAAUGCAAGAAUCUCAUGAACAUUCUUAUACCAGAUGACUCCGUUCAAUACAUUCGUCGCUAUGCAUUCUCAGGGUGUAUUUCACUGACACACAUCAACAUUCCUCUGUCAGUCAUCGAAGUCGAAACAAAUGCAUUUGCCGAUUGCAUCAAACUUACAUGUGGUGUUGAUGUCGAGAACAAAACAGAGUCAUUUAUCAAUAAUCUUUACGAAAACUGUUAUUUGAAUAAAAACGCGAUCCUUGAAUGCCACUUCAUCACAUGCAAGAAACCAGAAAACCGGAUAUAUUUUUCUCCAUUGGCUGUCAUCGCUAUUUGUGCAAGCACAUCACUUGGUCUUUUUUAA